AUGGAUGAUCAAGCAGAAGUUGAUCACGUAAAUGUAGACAGCCAACCGCAAACACCUGAAUCAAAUUACCUACAAAUUGAUAAAAUCCAAUCGCUAACAGCUGAAUCACUUUUAGAGUCAGUAGAAGAUCAAGUGGAGAAGUUCACAACAAAUAUUCCGGACACUGAUGCCAACUGUAGCGACCCAUUAGCGUUGUUAACAAACCUAACCUCCGAUUCCUUGUUGUUUACUCACUCCAGUUCAGCGAGUCAGUUGAUUCGACUAUGGGAGAACCAGUUAACAAAUAUGUGUAGUCAAUUGAAACAAUUCGAAACAAGACUGGAUGCAGCACGAAAAAUUGCUGAACAAUCUCGAGAAUAUGAAUGUUCAUUGGUCAGAAACUUGAUGAAUUAUGAAAAUCAAUGCAAACAAAUACUUUUUUGGCAAGAAACAAUCAAUAUUGAUCUGUGUAAAAACCGUCUUGAUGAAUUACAAAACCUACUUGCUCAAUCAGAGGAGAGCAAAGCUGAUUUGAAACAAGCCCAGGAAACAUUUAAUCAACUGGUUAAGCUCAGUGAUAUAUCAGCAGCGUACCAUGAAUCAUCAAUCCAAGAGUCCGACAUACUCAUUGAAGAGCCUACUCAAACUGAUGAUAAUGUAAAGUCAAGUAAAUUAUCGGUUUACAAGUCGACUGUUUUAUUGGAAAUCGAGUCAAGAUUAUUCACUGUAAUCUCAUGUCUGACGAAAGCUAUUCAUCACAUAACCGAGUUGAUUUCUGCACUAGACACUCAACAACGCCUAUACGAUGAUGCUAAUAGUUGGUUGGAGCAAGCCGCAAGUAAACUUCAAACCAUUAUGUCGGCGAAACAGAAAACAUUUCCUGGGCGUGAUACAGCCAAGGAAUAUCUUGAUCUGCUACAUAAUCUCAGUGAAAAGUCUGAUGUUGGACGGUCUAAAGUACAGUCAGCUCAAAGUGCUAUUGAACACGCCUGUUGUCUACUGCUGACCUCUGAAUCCUUCCACUACAAAAGUGAUCCUGACAGUAUUUUAUCCACUGUUGAACAGUCAGCCUGUCAGAAAUUAGAUCAAACAGAAUCAACAGAAAAAGAGAAAGAAGAAACAAAUAAAGAUCAAUCAUCUUUCUAA